GCAAGACGAAGAAAGAGGCAAGUACUUCUGCAUUUCUCAUUCUAUAUUUGCACAAUAAAUUAAUUACAUUCUUUGCUACCUAUUUUUCCUUUCUAUUCCUUAUUACCUCAAGACUACAAAAUUAUAUCUUUGAGGAAAUUAUUAUUCGUAGCGAUUUACUCUCUUAGUUUGUUUAUCUUGCUAUACUCUUACUUUUCUGUUUCAAAAUUAGUUUUUAGUGGAAUAACUACUAUUACCUACAUGUAAACUCAAGAUAAUUGGAGUCGGCUAUAUGACUCGUCACUAUCAAUUUAUCACUCUAUAACAUAUUUCUCUUGUGUUUCCAUUUCUUAACUCAUCUCUCUCUUGUUGAAAUUACAGUUUUAAGAAAGUUAUCGAAUUAAUUAGAAGAAUGUCACAUCAUAUUGAGAUUACACAAAUGGAUCAUCAAAUUCCACUUCUUUAUCAAACUUCUGUAAAUGAAGCUACAGACAAUGAGAUUGAAGAAGGGAGGAAAGUGGAUUAUUUAAUCGACAUAGAGGAAACAAAUGGUCAAGAUCAAUCAAGGUUGCAAGCAAUUAAAUCUGCAAAGCAAAUAUAUGAUAGAAAUUUUAAGGAUUUCAACAAUCCGUCUAUUAAAUCAACUACCAUAUUCAAAGUAAGUGCAGGGUUAAGUGAAUCAAAUCCAAAUGCUUAUAAGCCAAUGUUGAUCACCAUUGGCCCUUACCAUAAACACAAUACUGAACUUCGGUCGAUUGAGAAGUAUAAACUGAUGUACCUACAACGGUUUCUCCGAAGGAAAGAAGGGAUUGAUGUGGAAAGUUAUAUCAGAGAAAUGGAAGAACUGAAAGAUGAAGCGCGUAAGUGUUAUGAUAAUAUACAUGACUUUUAUAAUGAUAAUAUUGGUGAAUUUUUGCUGAUGUUAUUGCUUGAUGGUUGUUUUGUGGUUGAGUAUAUUCGAGAGUGUUGUGGAAUAAUUCCAACAGGAGAAGACAUAAUUAUCAGUGGAGGUUGCUUAGAUAAUCAAGUACGUCGAGAUUUGUUGUUGCUAGAAAACCAACUUCCUUUCUUUGUCCUCGCCAAACUUCAUGACAUGACAAUGGAUAUUGAUCAAACAUCAUUCAUAAUAAUGGUGAAGUGUGCCUUUCUUCCUUCCCUACCAAAGAUUACUCCUGCAUCCUUUGUUGAGAAUGAAGGUAAUGCCAAAAAUAUCAAACAUAUACUUCAAUUAGUACACAUGUCUUGCCACCCUUCAGAUAUGAAUAAUCCUAGCAUUGAAAUCGAACAUUGUGGGAAAAGCUUAAUAUGGAUUGACAUUAUGCCAAAUGCAACAGAGCUUUGUGAAGCUGGAGUUAGUUUUACAAAGGUUGGAACUGUUUAUACUUAUUUGGAGGAAGACAACUUUGAAGAUUGCACAAGUUUAUUUGACAUUAAAUUCGAGAAUGGAUUGAUGAAAAUUCCUUGUUUCGAAGUCGUUGAUGAUACUGAGACUAUCUUGAGAAAUCUCAUAGCUUACGAGCAACAGUCACCUAAUGAACAUUCUAGAUAUUUCAGUGAUUAUGCAGUUUUCAUGGAUCAUCUUAUCGACUCAGAAAAAGAUGUGAAUUUGCUUCGCUUAAAAGGAGUUAUUAGGAACAGGAUAGGAGAGGACAAAGAAGUGGCUAACUUAUUUAAUAAAAUUGGGAAAGGGGUCUCUAUUUCAUCUGAUUUCUAUUACAAAGAAGAAUGCAGAAAAGUAGUUCAACAUUGUCAAAAACCAUGGAACAGAAUGAAGGCAAAUUUGAGGCACAAUUAUUUUCAUAGUCCUUGGGCUGGAGUUUCAACUGUGGCAGCAAUCAUACUCCUCUUACUUACAGUUAUACAAACAAUUUUAUCUUUUAUAAGUGUUCUAAUUAAGUAGCCUCUUUAAUUAAUUACAUGCUAUGGUUGAUUAAUUUUGUUAAUCUUUAGCUAUUGUGUUAUGGCUUAAUAAAUUGGCUCAAUCUAGAAUUACAAUUUUC